AUGAAGAACUUUGUCGCAACACUUAUCACCGCGCUCAUCGCCGCUACCGAAGGAGCCUAUGCGUUUCCCAGCACCGGUACCACCGCGCUGAGGGAGGAGGCAAGCAAAAAGGAUAUCCUAAUCGGCUCCGGGGCUAUCAAUCCGACCUACCUCGAUGAUCCUGAGUUCGCGGCCAUCCUUGCCAACCAGUUCAAUAGCCUCUCUCCCGAAAAUGAGAUGAAAUGGACGUUCGUUAGCCCAACCAAGGGGUACUACAACUGGACCUCGCUCGACCGCCUCGUCGACUUCGCGGAAAACAACAAUAUGGUAGUUAAGGGACACGGGCUUAUCUCGAGCUGCUGUAACCCCGACUACGUACUCAACAUCACCGACCCCACAGUUCUUCGUGCUACGAUGAGGGCUCACUUUAAGGCAAUCAUGCACCGGUACAAUGGCAAGAUGGAUCGGUGGGACGUCGUCACUGAAGCCCUAAAAACGCAGGGCGGUGGUCUGAAUGACAAUAUCUUUUCCAAAGUACUCGGUCCCGGCUACAUUGAGAAUGCCUUCCGUAUCGCCAGAGCAGCAGACCCAGGCGCCAAGCUGUUUAUCAACGAAGGCCUGGUCGAGGCACUGCCCGGUAAACGUCAGGAACUCUAUGACCUGGUCUCUAAUCUCGUGGCGGACGGCGUUCCGAUCGAUGGAGUCGCCCUGCAGAUGCACAUCACCCCUCCCGGAUCAGCCCCGAAACCGGGCGUCAUCACGGAUAUAGUCAACUCGUACAAGGCGCUCGGACUGGAAGUGGCCAUUGCUGAAAUGGAUGUCCACACACUCGACGACGCACUCGAGACCGAUACAUAUAGUGCCGUCAUCGCCGAGGCUCUCAACGCAGGAAUCACCGAUAUCAGCUUCUGGGGUUUCACGGAUAAGCACACCUAUACCUGGGUACCUGGCGCAAAGCCAUUAAUGUUUGACCAGUGUUAUAAACCCAAGCAUGAAUUCUAUGCCACCCACGCUGCACUCGCAAAUUUCGUCAGCCGAACAUAA